GCGUGGCCAGUGAAUUUGACGGGGAAAUUGAAUGAUGGGCGCGUGGAAGGAUCUAGACGCCGGCUAUCUAAUCUGCUGCAGCCGGAGGAGUCAAGGACCUCUGCACGAUCGACCGAGUCACCAAAUGGCCAAGCAGCAUUCCGCCUUUUUAACUCUCUGCCAGCCCACGACUACCCCCGCUGCCUCUCUCGCUGCUCACCACUAACCCGCACCACCAGGCAUCCCACACACGAUGUGUGGAAUCGUCGCGGCUCACGGCAUCGACAACCCCGUCGCACACAGACCGCGUCUCAUCGCGUGCGCGAAGAAGAUCCGCCACAGAGGCCCCGACUGGUCAGGCUGCUACAGCGGCAAGCAGACCAUCCUCGCCCACGAGCGACUUGCCAUCGUCGGUGUCGACACGGGCGCACAGCCGAUCGUGAGCACCAGCGGGAAGGUCGUCCUCGCGGUCAACGGCGAGAUCUACAACCAUGUCAAGCUGAGGGCCUCCCUCAAGGAGCACUACACCUUCAAGACGCACUCCGACUGCGAGGUCAUCAUCCCGCUCUACAUGCAGCACGGCAAGGACCUCUGCAACCUCCUCGACGGCAUGUUCUCCUUCGUCCUCCUCGACGAGUCCGUCACCCCGCCGCGCGUCAUCGCCGCGCGCGACCCGAUCGGGAUCACGACGCUCUACCAGGGGCGCUCCUCCGCGCGCCCCGGCGCGGUCUACUUCGCGUCCGAGCUCAAGGCCCUCGUCGACGAGUGCGACGACAUCAUCUCCUUCCCGCCCGGCCAUGUCUACGACUCCGCGGACGACUCCACCACGCGCUACUUCCAGCCGUCCUGGUGGGACGGCGACGGCGAGGGUGCAGACGCCGUCGUCCCCGCCGCGGAGGCGGACCUGACCCUGCUCCGGGAGUCGCUCGAGGAGGCCGUGCGCAAGCGCCUCAUGAGCGAGGUCCCGUACGGCGUGCUGCUCAGCGGAGGCUUGGACAGCAGCUUGAUUGCGGCGAUCGCGGCGCGGGAGACGGACAAGGUCGCGCAGGCGCAGGUCGAGGCGCGGAAACAGAAGCUCGCCGAGGCGCGGAGCGGCCCGUCUACGCCCAAGUCGCCGACGCUAGGCAACGGAACUGUCACAGAGUACGCGACGAUCGCCUCCUGGCCCCAGCUUCAUUCGUUCUCCAUCGGGCUCGAGAACUCGCCCGACCUCCUCGCCGCGCGCAAGGCGGCGAGCUACCUCGGCACGGUGCACCACGAGUACGUGUUCACUGUCCAGGAGGGCCUCGACGCGAUCCCGGACGUGAUCUACCACCUCGAGACGUUCGACGUCACGACGGUGCGCGCGAGCACGCCGAUGUACCUCCUCAGCCGCAAAAUCAAAGCCAUGGGCGUGAAGAUGGUGCUCAGUGGUGAGGGCAGCGACGAGAUUUUCGCCGGUUAUCUGUAUUUCCAUGCGGCGCCGGAUGCGCCGUCCCUCCACCAGGAGUGCGUGCGGCGGGUGAAGAACCUGCACACUUCUGACUGUCUGCGGGCCAACAAGUCAACGAUGGCAUGGGGUCUUGAGGCACGCGUGCCCUUCCUGGACAAGGAGUUCUUGGACGUCGUAAUGAACAUUGAUCCGAAGGAAAAGAUGUUUAGCAAAGGUGCGGCACAGAAGGUCGACGAGGAUGGUUGCCCGCGUAUGGAGAAGUACAUUCUCCGGAAAGCCUUCGACUGCGCGCCAGACGGCAAGCCCUACCUACCACGGUCCAUCCUCUGGCGCCAGAAGGAGCAGUUCUCCGACGGUGUGGGAUACUCGUGGAUCGACGGCAUGAAAGACCACGCAGCCGCCGUCGUUUCUGAUGAGGCGUUCGCGAAGCGGGCAGAGCGCUGGCCGGUGUCCACGCCAGACACGAAGGAGGCGUACUGGAUCCGCGAAAUCUUCGACGGACUGUACCCCCUGGAGGCAGCGGCGAAGACGGCAGUGAGAUGGGUCCCGCGCGGCGACUGGGGCUGCGCGGCGGAUCCGAGCGGGCGGAGCGUGAGCAUACACCAGGCAGCGUACGAUGCGUCCGAAGAGACUUCGAGUUGAGCGGGCUAUACUAAAA